GCUGGGUAGAGCGGAUCACUCCAGGAGACUCCUGUUCAGGGUAGCUUCAUCUUUCCUGACACUUCUUUUGCUCGUUUUUGCAGCCGUUCAUCUUCCAACAUGGCCAACUUUACUCAGCGCACAUACAGCAGUGGCCCCAUGGGCUACUCUGGAGGCUCCAUGAUCACCCAACAUCGCAUAGGCUCAAUGUCCUCUGCACCUAAGGCCUUCAGUGUAUACGGAGGCUCUGGAGGAAGCACCCGCAUCUCCUCAUCGAUCUCAAGGGGUGUCUCUUCUGGCUUUAGUGGAGGCAUGGGUGGAGGCAUGGGUGGAGGUGGCUUCAACUUGUCCGCUGCCCUGGACGGUGAGAGCGUGCACAUGAAUGAAAAAGCCACCAUGCAGAAUCUGAACGAUCGUCUGGCCUCCUACCUGGAUAAGGUUCGCUCACUGGAAGCUGCCAAUGCUAAACUAGAGAUGCAGAUCCGUGAGUACUAUGAGAAAAAAGGACCCGUCGCCCAGAGAGAUUACAGCGCCUACUGGGCCACCAUCAACGAUCUGAAGGAGAAGAUCAAAAAUGCCACAAUUGGCAAUGCCAACAUCCUCCUGCAGAUCGACAACUCAAAGUUGGCUGCUGAUGACUUCAGAACAAAAUUCGAGCACGAGUUGAUGAUGAGGCAGUCUGUGGAGGCUGACAUUGCCAACUUGCGACGCCUGCUUGACCAGACCACCCUGACCAAGGCUGACCUGGAGAUGCAGAUCGAAGGUCUCCAGGAUGAGUUGGCCUACCUUAGGAAGAACCACCAAGAGGAACUGGCAGCUCUGAGAUCUCAGCUGAGCGGUACAGUUAACGUUGAGGUAGACGCUGCUCCACAGCAAGACCUGAACAAGGUUAUGGAGGAGAUCCGCGCUCAGUACGAGGCCAUCACUGAUAAGCACCGCAGAGAUCAAGAGACUUGGUUCAACGACAAGUCGGCAGCACUGAACAAGGAGGUGACCAUCAGCACAGAGACCAUUCAGACCUCCAAGACAGAGAUCACAGACUUAAGACGCACCCUGCAGGGUCUGGAAAUCGAACUCCAAUCACAGAUAAGCAUGAAAGCGGCACUAGAACACACGCUAGCUGAAACAGAGGGCCGCUACAGUGCUAUGCUGCAAGGUUUCCAGAACCAGAUCAACAUGCUCGAGAACGAGUUGGCUCAGGUCCGAGCCAGCAUCGAGCAGCAGGGUCGUGACUACACUAUGCUGCUGGAUAUCAAGAGCCGUCUCGAGCAGGAGAUUGCCACCUACAGAAGCCUCCUGGAGAAGGAGGAGACCAGGAAUCCUGGCGUAACACAGGUCACAACGACCUCCACCACAGUGCGCACCAGCUAAACAGAGCAGGCUACUUUCUGAGACACACACCCCAACACAUUGUUUUCAAUAGUCACUACUGAUUUUAUAAAGGUCAGUAGUUGUUUAGGAUAAUCAAAAACACCAGGAAGGAUAUGUAAUUGGUAAAGACCUUAGUGCAUUUUCUCAUUGUUGUGUGUAAGUGAAACCUGUCUCUGAAAAUAAAAUUGCUGGCAAAACUA